AUGCUAUUAUUAACGCCUAGGGCCAGCUCGGUGCUGAAGCCCACUCUGCUUCUCAGAUAUCCUCGUUUUGGUGCCAGCCGAAUAACAUGUCGAUUGCAUGUAAGAGGGAUUACCAGUGAUAUUAAGCAAACUACUUUAAAGACUUCUGUCUUUACACUCCCCAAUAUCCUUACUAUGACCAGAAUAGGGUGUACACCAUUUAUUUGUCAUUACAUCCUGACUAAUAAUCUCACUCCGGCGCUGGGACUGUUUGCCUAUUCAUGUGUGACUGACUUCCUGGAUGGUUACAUAGCGAGAAAAUACAAGCUAAAGUCUGUGGCAGGAACGAUCCUGGACCCUCUUGCUGAUAAACUACUUAUGAUAGCAACUACUAUCUCGUUAGCGUUUCCACCGGGUCCACAAUUGAUUCCUCUUCCUAUAGCCGGACUGAUAUUGGGGAGAGACGUCUUACUGGGAAUAAGUGCCCUAUACUUCCGUUAUGCAUCUAUGAGACAGAAAUAUUCAACUAUAUCCUGGAGUUCAUACUGGGAUUUCUUUCAUUAUCCGAGUGCCGAAGUUAAGCCCACGCAGAUCUCAAAAUAUAACACUUUCUUUCAGAUGAUAUAUCUAGGAUUUGGUGUCAUAAUGUUGAUCUUCAACAAUGAGGAGUCGAAGAAAGAGGAUGAGGAGAAGACCGGUUCUUUCAAUAAGCUCUCACAGUACUUCUCUUGGAUGGGUUACUUCGUGGCGGCAACUACUGUGCUCAGCGGUAGUUCAUACGUCUUUAGUAAAGACGCAGUGAAAUUCCUCAAGAAAUAA